AUGCCUAUGCCUAUGCCGCCGACGUUCCCCACUCGUCUCGCCGAUACGACCCCUUUGCGGGACUGGGACGAUGCUCCCGAGCCGAUCGAUGACGAAAAGGCCCGCCGGAUUCAUGACAAGUUCAAACAGAAAAUCCCGUCCGGGCCGAUGGGGCAGUGGAAGCGGGUGGAUGCCGUUCAACUCGGCAAGGCGGCUGGAAUAAUUUUGUAUAAGUUUUCGUCCCCCACCCUGUCCGACGUCAUGAAAGCGGACCUCGACUCCAUCCAGACGCGCGCCGCGAAAUCCCCCUCCGUCUUCGACCUGGUCGAUGUCACCACGGCAUAUCCACGCCGCGUCAUCGUCCUCCGGGGCAGUCGGCAGGUUAUGACGGUUCAAGAACGCACGCUCUGGGCCCUCUUCUUCAAAAUCGACACAUCCGAGGCGGACUUCGAGGCAAUGCGCGCGCACACCGCCGCCAGCAUCGCCAUGAAGUUCGGAGUGGUGUUCUCCUACGAGCCGGAGCCAGACUUCAAUCUCGGCGACACGCAUGGGUCUGCAAAGGCCGAAGACGCACAGGACUGGGAGGACGAGUCGGACGACGACGAACAAGAACACGGUGAAGGAGAACAGGACGACGACGGCGCGAGAAGUGGCGAGGAGAUCGAGUACGACGAUCCCGACGAUACCGGCCGCCGGAUCGAGUCCACAUCAACGGUCGCCUCAUUGGAGAACGCCACUGGGCCUCCGGAUACGACAAUUAUUCAUUUCCGCCGCGUAUGUGACAACUGUCUCAUGAAGACGCCGGAUGGACCUUACUCGUGCUACACUGGAGUACAGCCGUGCGGACCGUGCAAGCAUGAGAAGAUCCGCUGCUCGUUGCUCGGAAUCCGUGGGGAUGGAUGGGUGCUUGCGUUUUUCGACGGCCGGUGCUUUUAUCCACUCAAAAUUCUGGUCGGCGCACAACGCGCGGUCACCGAAGGGUAUCUCGACUUCCUCCUCCACACAAUCACCAAAGAAGACUACGCGCUGACGACGUCCGACCCCGUCGAGGUCCCCGAAAAGGUCACACAACUCAGAUGGUAUUACCACCGCGCCGACAGUCGCCGAAUCGCUUGGCGGCACCUGUUUCUUGAGCCCCCGAAAGCGCGGAUUGGCGUUACGGCCGCCGAAUUCAAGACGAUCUGCGGCGAACGCCGCGAAUACGUGCGCAAUCUUCGUCCGGAGAACGAAGAGAGCCGUGCGCUCCGCCCGUCUCGUCCACAACCCAAGCCGAAGACGUCCCCCCGGAAGCAAAAGCCGAAGCCCGCAGGGAAGUCGAAGGCAGCUGCUGGGCCGAAACGCGGGCAGCAAGUGAUUGAAUUGUCGGACAACGAACAGCCCGAGCCGUCGACUUCGACUCGUCGUACCACGCGGGCCACCACGCAGGCAGCGUCCAAGCGCACCGCCCCCAUUUCCCCACCCUCGACGUCGAAGCCCUCGAAGCGGUUCAAGACUGGAGUAGUGCCCUUCGUGGACGUUCCGGCGCGCGUGAAGAAGUCUGCAAGCACUCGGUCGACGUCGAUUGCUUUCGGGCCGCCGGCCUCCUCGCAGGCCUCGUCGACGUCCUAUGCGCUUUUCCAGCCGCCGUUCGAAGCGUCGACGUCGCUGUUCGGCCCCCCCAUAUCCUCAUUUGCGUCCUCCGCCACUCGUUCGCGGCCGGAACGCCCGCGCAACGCCGCGACGAACUUCAACGAGCGUCGUAGUGAUAUGCAGGCCGCCAUAUCGCGUCUCGAAUCGGUCGCUGCACACGCCGAAGGCCGCCACCACGUAUUGCGCAAUCGCUUUCGCCCAAGCGGAUUCGCAAAUUCGGAGGAAUUCCUCACCUGGUCGCAGACUGCGGGCAUCGUCAUCGCGCAGGCGUUGCGCACCAACCUGCCAGCAAACUCGAUCUUGGACCCCGACGUGAAGAUGCAGGACGUGGUCCCCGCCUUGCCUCGCGCCGCGCCGAGCAUGCAGCCCCCCGAAGAGGUCUCGGAGAUCCCUGCCGCGAUACCUGCUGCGCUGCCUGCGCCGCCGUCCGCUGCGCUGGCCGCCGCCGUCCGCUGCGCUGGCCGCGCCGCCUCCGCUGCGCUGGCCGCGCCGCCUUCCGCUGCGCCGCCCCGCCGCCUUCCGCUGCGCCGCCCGCCGCCUUCCGCUGCGCUGCCCAUGACACCUGCCGCUGCGCUGCCCGCGCCGACGCCGCACCGCACCCAGGGGAACAUGACGCCGGCGAAGGAGCAUGCGAGAAAACCGCCUGGCAAGAAGCAUGCGACUCCAGCCGAGCAGCAGGAGGAUGACGAUGAGGACUGGCUCGAAGACUGA